AUGAUUCGCAAAAAUUUUUUUUUAUUUUUAGAGAAAAUGAUUGCAAAUCAACAAAAAAAUUCGGCAGGUCAAAAAAGAAAUUUUAACGAAGAACAAUCUUAUUUAAAUGAACAAAAUGUGGAAAUUGAUGUUGAGGGAGGUGGAGAAGUAUUACAAGAUGUUGUUCUGUUUGAAACUGGAAAAACAAAUAGAGGAAAUUUGUGUCUUUGGCAUGAAGGUUAUUGUUUUACUCGUAAUAGAGGAACUAAUGUAAUUAAUUUUCGUUGUGAACAAAGAAAAUGUCCAGCCUCAUGUAAAAUUUCAAUGGAAAAUUGGAAAGAAUCGUCAAAAUUUAUUGAAGGAAUUUUAGGAAAUUCUGGGCACAAUCAUUCCCCAAAUUAUUCAAAAAAAUUGGCAAAAGAAAGAAGAAAAGAAAUUUUACAAAAAAUUGAACAAACUCCAAAAAAGAAAGCUUCGCUUUUAGUAGCUGAUAUUAAAUCGAAUAUUUCUGAUGAUGUUUCUGUUGAAAUGGGAAGUGAUCAGGCACUUGGACAUUUAAUUUAUAGGUUUAUUUGA